AUAAUUAUUAGGGUUGUUCUUCGUUCCCGGUAGUCGGGAAAUUCGAGACGUUUUUAAAUCCUCCCUCCUCCCCUCGUGGCGCUGUCUCCCCGAAAACUUAUCCCUGUAGCCCCCCCCCCACCCCCAGUGGGGAGCAAUCAUAAUAAUUAUCUUGUAAUAUUUUCUUCUUCACAUUUUUCUAUUUUCUAGGUAUCAUUGUCGGAUGAAUAUUUAAAUAAGAAGACUGGACGUAAAAGCCAAACUUAUAGAAUUACAUACCGAAGUAUGGACCGUCCACUUUCCAAAGAAGAAGUUAAUGUUAUUCAUAAGAAGAUUGAAUCUUAUUUAGUUGACAAAUUUGGAAUGGACAUUCAAAGAAAAAACGUUUUUAUGGAUGAGCCUAUUUUAGCACUCAUUUCUCUUACAUUAUUUGUUGGCUCCUAUUUUGCUGGUUGCAUUCCUUUGUUUUUUACUUUGAAUGAGAAAAGAAUUCGAAUUGCUAGUAUAUUUGGUGCGGGUCUUUUGGUUGGCACUGCUCUUUGUGUAAUAAUUCCUGAAGGAGUUUCUGCACUUUUGGAGUCAUCUAAUUCUCAUUUAGAGAAUCAACAAAUAAUAAAUCAGCCAGUCCAAGCAAAACUUUCUGAACAGAUGGCUUUGAAUAUACCUAAACCUGCAGUAGUUCCUCUUGUCAAUGAUGAUCAGCGAUUGAGGAAUCAGCGAAAUGAGGGAAAAGUUGAUAAUAAAAAUAAAGAUAAUAAUGUUGCACCAAUCGAAAAUAAUAAGAUUAAAGAAGAAAACAACAAAAAUUUAGCAAAAUUUCCUAAAAAACGUGAAGUCUUAUACAAUAAAAAUCAUCCAGAUAAACAUUUUGAUGAAAGUCAGCAUAAAAAUAGUAUUGAUGGGAAAAUUGGUUUUCCUCUUCUGAUUGGAUUUUUAUUUAUGUUUGUAAUUGAACAAUUAACAAAAAUGGGGACAUAUGGCAGAAAUAAUAGUAAAAGUGUUUCUACAAUUGGGUUGGUUAUUCAUGCAUUUGCUGACGGAAUAGCUAUGGGAAGCGCGUCAAGUGCCGGAUCCAAAUUGGAAAUGCAAAUGCUCGUUUUUGUUGCUAUUAUGUUACAUAAGGCCCCCGCAGCAUUUGCUCUUACCAGUAUUCUUUUGGCACAAGGUCUAGACAAAUUGAGGAUACGCCGGCAUUUACUAAUAUUUUCGUUGGCUGCUCCAAUUGGAACUGUUGUUACCUACGCUUUACUUCAAAUGACUUCUGGAACAGUUGAAGGACCUAUGACGGGAGAAACACUUCCAUCUUCGAAUGUUACUGGCUUAAUUUUGCUCUUUUCUGCGGGCACUUUUCUUUAUAUUGCGACUGUUCAUGUUAUGCCAGAAUUAAUGGAAUCCCGAUGUUCUUCAAUCCAAAAUUCUGGAAUGAAUGGAAGUCGAGAAUUAUUACUUGGAGGACUAAGUACUUCACAAUCUUCUGGGAGACCUUCAAUCUUUGAUAUUUUAAUUUUCUGUGUUUCUGCAUUAAUUCCUGCUUUCAUUUCUUCAAUAAGCCAUGGAGGACAUGGACAUUGA